AUGUCUGUUAUGAUUGGUGCUUUUGGGAAUUGUUUUGGUGCUUGGCUUAAAAUUUUAUCGACAACCCCAGACAGAUUUUGGCUGACAUUUAUUGCCCAAACUAUUGUCGGCUCUUCCCAAGUUUUUAUUUUGGGAAUUCCUCCAAGACUGGCAGCUGUUUGGUUUGGUCCAGAACAAGUAUCCACAGCUUGUGCUGCUGGGGUUUUUGGAAAUCAGUUAGGUAUUGCUAUUGGCUUUAUACUCCCUCCAUUGCUUGUACAUCCCGGAAAUAAAGAGAGUAUAAGCUUUCAAUUAAGCUUAUUAUUUUUAAUUUCUGCUGUUGUAAAUUCGAUUAUUUUUAUAUUUAUUGCCUUAUUUUUUGCUGAAAAACCUCCUCUUCCUCCAUCAAAUGCCCAAAUGCAAGCAAUUGAUGAAUCUAGAGAAGGAGAUUUUGGACGGUCAAUUAAAAAUUUGUUAAAAAAUGGAAAUUAUAUACUUUUGCUUAUUACUUAUGGAAUUAAUGUUGGCGUAUUUUAUGCAAUAUCUACACUUUUAAGUCAAAUGAUACUUUUUUAUCAUGAGGGUGCACAAAAAGCAACAGGCACAAUAGGGUUAUUAAUUGUUGUUAGUGGAAUGUUUGGUUCUGUUGUUUGUGGCUAUGUUCUUGAUAAAUGGCAUCAUUUUAAAAUGACAACAUUAAUAGUUUAUUUAUUUUCCUUUCUUGGAAUGAUUGUAUUUACUUUUACGUUGGCAAGAUGGCCGCUUUGGACAAUUUUUAUUAUUGCAAUUGCUCUUGGAUUUUUUAUGACCGGUUAUUUACCUCUUGGUUUUGAAUUUGCUGCUGAAUUAACUUUUCCAAUUGCAGAAGGGACAACUUCAGGGCUUUUGAAUGGGUCAGCUCAAGCUUUUGGAAUUGCCAUGACAUUUGGAAUGGGAAAGGUACUUCACGAUCUAUCAAUUUUAUGGUGUAAUGUAAUUAUGUCUGCCUUAUUAUUUGUUGGUUUUAUUUUAACAGCCUUAAUAAAAUCUGAUUUAAGAAGACAAAAUGCACAUAUCAGGGUUGGUAUAAUUAAAUUAAUUUUUAAAAAUAAGAAAAACUUAUAUUUAGAAUUUAGAGUACAAAAAAUGAGGAACAAGAAGAAAAUGAAAAUAAUACUAGGCCUACAACAUCCUCCUCAAUAUCUAUAA